CACUUUACUGGUUAGGUUUUAUUUUUAGCGGAACCUUCAAAAUCGAAUCACAAAAAUGGACGAGUUUUCGUUCAACAAAUCAAACAGAAGUAUUAAUCCUUGGUGUUCAGAUGUACACUCUAUAUCAGCUACUUCGAGUAUUAUUCGUUUUGCAGAGAAAACGGGACAUCUCCGAGUGAAGAGAGAAGAAGAUAUGAAAGAAAUAGAAGGAAACCUUCACAGGCAGUCUCCGUCACUUAGACUCAUUGAACAGCUCAGGGAAGUAGCAGAGAAGAGAAAGCGACUUGAUCAGGUGAAUGUUGAAAUACAAUGCAGACUGAUGGAUAAAGAGACAAGAGACCUCACCCACCUUGACCUACUUGAAUCCAAGAUCUCCAAUCUGAAUGCAUUGAGUAGCCAUCUCCAGCGGAUCCUGCAGGGGAAGAAGGAGCUAAUCAACCGGCUCCAGCAACCCCUAGUAGGAGACUUCCUCAGGGUGGAGGCGACCUUUCACCCCCAGGUCAAAGAAAUAUUUCCUCUGGUUGUAAGCUGCCUUGCCGAGCUGAGUGCAAACCUGGACAAUAUUCAGUGGGGCAGCGAGUUUGAUCUCAGAGAUGGGAGAGUGGCAGCCAUCCUUGAUGACAUCGCUACCUCAUUGGCUCAACUUCAGACUAGACUCCACACUGUUAUGCAAGUCAGGUCUUUGGUCACAGAGUUAUGAUGGGAUAUCACUUACAUGUACACUCUUCUACAGCUCUUUGAUACUGUGGUCACAGAGUUAUUAUGGGAUAUCACUUACAUGUAAACUCUUCUACAGCUGUUUAAUACUGUGGUCACAGAGUUAUGAUGGGAUAUCACUUACAUGUAAACUCUUCUACAGCUGUUUGAUACUGUGGUCACAGAGUUAUUAUGGGUUAUCACUUGGACUCUUCUACAGCUUUUUAAUGCUUGUAGCACUCUUCAAAUGGAGUAUGAUCACUAGAGUGUCAUGAAGGGAUAUCACUUACAGUUGUUUCAUACUUUGCCAGACAAGAACCUGUAUAGUCAUGCAGGUUAGAUCACUGGUUUGCAGGUAAGAUGUGAUGUCACUUUAAACUUAUUUCCAGCUGUUAAUGCUUUUGUCACCUUACAAGGGGAUUGUGGUAACUGGACAUAAAUUUAUGAAGGAUAGCCUUUGUAUACACGAGUCAGUCAGCACUAAUCAAUGAAACGGGAGCAAAAAAAUUUAUUUGAAAGCGAAAACACAAGCGCAUAUGACCUUGGGCAGCAUUGCGCAUUUAGCCAGCAGGCUCAUACGCGUAUUGCACCUUCAUUUUUACUGAGCGCAAUGAAUCAAAUCGUAUUGUGACAUCACCUCCUAAAGCCGUGCAACGGUACAUUUUGGAUGGUACGUCUUGUGUGCAACGGUACGAAUGUUUGACAUUCAGCCUCCCAUUUUCUCGCGUACACCAAGCUAAGUAGGCGUUGUACAAUCAUGACUAGAGAGGUUUUGCAUAUUUAAUGAGCUUGAUGUGGACCAAAACACGUAUUUCAAUUUGGUCAUUGCUGCUCUAAAUAUACAUCAAAUUUCAAGAUUUUGGUAUCAUUGUAAAGAAGAAGAAUCAUUCUUUCAGGUAAUUGUUUAAAUUUAUUCAAAUAUUUUUCAAUGUAAGUGAAACUUAUGAUCUAAAAUAUGCUACAAAAUGAUUAUUUUUACCUGACAAAAGUCAUUAUUUUUACACUUUAUUUUUUAUUUGAGCCCAAAUGAUUUUUAGAUCAUGAUAAAGCUGAAUAUCUAUGCUUUAAAAUGGUUAAGGUUUCAAAACAAGAAUUGGUUUAAUCGGAUCAAGAUCACACUUUUCAUUGGCCAAGUACAUUAAGCAGCUUGAAAACAAGAAUACUGCACUGAUUGGUCUAAGAAACCACACACUCAAUGGUUCCAGUGCUCGGUUCAGGGAAGGUCACACUCCCAUGUGGUGAUCUCAUCAAAUUACCUGCGCUUGUUGUUUUGAAGCCUUAUCCAGCCAAUCAGAUCUCUAGAUUUCAUGCUACUCCAAAAUUUUAAAAAUCUCGUCUUGUUUCUUGGUGGGAAAAGUGUGAUCUUGACCCGAUAAAAAAAGGUGCCACAUAUUAAGAGUGACAUUGUGAGAAAGUACGGAAAUUCAGCUUUGUAGAUAUCUUCGAGGCUUAAAAUAAAAAGUUUUGCACAAUUUGCAAAAGAAAACAGAGGAAGAAAUUCAGUUUUGAUGCACAUUUUUAGGCCUGGAAGUCACUUAUUAAUCAAAAUAUUUUAUACAAAAUAAAUGACCAAUAUGAAAGAGUAGCAUUUACUCUGUCCAAUUGUGCAAAGAUAUUUAAUUUGUCUAGAGGAUAAAGUAGGAAAAUCUCAUGAUUCACAAGAUUUUGCAGGGAGGAAGAUUCAGCCACGAGAAGAUUUGGAUGAAUCUGGCCUAUUUGCUCAUUAGCAUAGGGACCUGCAGUCUGACUGGAGUCUACAGCUGUGUGAUGCUUCAAAAACAAAAGAAAUUAUAGUCACCAAAUACAGUGUUAUAAUGGGAUGUCAGUUAGACUUUUAUUACAACUUGAAUUGUUUAGAAUAUCACCAACUUUCCAAUCGGAUUGUGGUCAAGAGUGACAAUGUAAUGAUGAGGUAUCAGUUAGACUCUUGUACAGCAGUUUCUUUGCACUGUACAGCUGGUUUGUGAUUACUAGUUACAGAAUCAUAAUGCAAUAAAUCACUCAAACUCUUCUACAGCUUUUUGAUGCUUUGUAAACUUCCAAAUAGAGUAAACCAUGAGAUCAUUUUUUAUACAGUCAUGCAGAUAAAAUUGAAGAAAAUCACUGCUUAUCCCAGUUGCUAUGGGUCGUCAGUAUGAGGUGAUAUUUCACAAAUCUUACAAUCAAUUGAAAGUCAAUUUAAGGUCCCAAAGUCAAGUAUCACCAAGUAUAGAUUAAUUUCUAAUUUUAAUUGAUUACUACUUGUAGUUUGCUUCCCUCUGCAAAAUGUAUAUAUUAGUUACACUGACCUUUUUGACAUUGAUCUAUCAAUUUGCAAUUUAACAAAGUAUUGCAGUCAAUCACAAAUGAGUUUCUUAUAAUACCUCACCAGGCUUUUAUCCAACUGUGUAAUGCUGUACAAUUGCUCAUUUUAACUGAUAUCAGGGGUGUGAUAGUUCAGAUUUUUUUUUUUUUUUUUUUGGGGGGGGGCUUUCCUCUGUACAAAUGGUAUGGGAGCUCUCUCUAUUUCAGACUUUUUCAACACUCUUUAGCUUUUUUCAGAUCUUUUUAUUUGUGACCACUUUACACCCCUGUGAUAUGAUGCUUAUACUGUAUUUCAUUGUAACAUUUGUUGGAAACUCCUAGUAUAAGGGGGAAAGGCUCUAAGGGACUUCUAAUGGAAUUUUCUCUAAUAUUUCAUUCACAUAUUACUGGAGGAUUUGCCCGGGACAACCAUUAAAACCAGUCAUAAAAAUGGAGAAACUUCUGUGAAGUUUCAUCAAUUAUUGUCCUUCCCUCACUUGUCAGUUUAAAAAAAAAUAUUAUAAAGACUAAGGAGGAGGGGAAUCUUGGGUUCAUGUUUCUAGAUAUAAUUGAGCAAAAGGUAUUCAUUGGAUAAAAGUAGUCAUGAAAGUUUAUUCACUACAGCCUUUGGUUUUGUCAAACCUAAUUUUGCUGACAGUUACGGUAUUUGUGAAAUAUGACCUUAACCCCAUGCAGACUGACCCCAUAUACAUGUAUAUGACGGAUGGAGUCUUUGGAAAAUAUGUGAUUUAACAGCAAAAUCAUUCAUUGUCCAACAGGUUAACUUUGUAUUCAACUUUUUUUUUUUGGGGGGGGGGGCAGUUGGACACACAUACAGGUAUCAUUUGGGCUAUAUCAGAAAAUUUGGCCUUAUCGUGAAAUUUGUCACCUCUCUUCUCGUGUGUGUCGGUGUGUGUGCACUCGUUGUGUACAAAGACGACCGGAGUGGAAAAGAAGUCCUCAGCGCUGACGAAAUAAACUGCAGUGAAUGGACUGGUGACUUACAUGUAAACCAGGAUAAUGCCAAGAGUUGUAGGUUUGAAUUCCACUGCACAGUAAUUUGGCAGGCUGUCAUUCUGGACGCUCUCAACCCAGGUGUUAUAUGGGCAUCCAGAAAUCCAGUAUAGUAUGCUAAUGUUUCCAUUUUGAAUUCAGCUUACAAACCCUUGCUGGGAUGCCCAGGGGGAAGAGAUAUGUAUAUUAAAGGACAAAUCCACCCCAACAAAAAGAUGAUUUGAAUAGAAAGAGAAAAAUGAAACAAGAAUAACACUGAAAAUUUCAUCAAAAUCGGAUCUGAAAUAGGAAAGUUAUGACAUUUUAAAGUUUUUCUAAAUUUUACAAAACAGUUAUAUGCACAUCCAGGUCAGUAUGCAAAUGAGGGGACCGAUGACAUCACCCACUCACUAUUUCUUUUGGAUUUUAUUAUAUGAAAUAUUUGAAUUUUCUCAUUGUAAUGCGGAAAAAGUUUUAUUCCUCCCUGAUCAUGUGGAAUUUGAUUGUUUUAACAAUUCGUGGUUCAAACAAGAUGGUUUUAAUUGUCAAAUCCGUAAAAAAUGAAAUAUUGUAUAAUUUAAACAAUAAAAAACAAAAGAAAUAGUGAGUGAGUGACAUCAUCAACUCUCUCAUUUGCAUAUCACUGAGUUGAGUAUAGAACUGUUUCGUGAAUGAUAAGCGACACUUAAAAAUGUCAUAACUUAUUUUCCAUCCGAUUUUGAUGAAGUUUUCAGCAUUAUUCUUGUUUUAUUUUUCUCUAUUUAUUCAAAUCAUCUUUUGUUUGGGGUAGACUUGACCUUUAAGUCCAGGAAAGCCAAAUUCCAGUAACGGUGGUAUCUGUAAAUUGCUUAAUAGAGAAAUUAUCCCAAUCUAUGAAAACGUGCAUUAUUAUUAGUAGUAGUAUGUGUACAAUAUAUGUAUAACUCGACAACCAGGCACAUACAUGUAUCUCACCAAGAAUUGUGAUUGAUCCAAUCAAUUUCACCCAUGAAAGCCAACAAUGCCAGCAUCUAGAAUUCAUACAUAUCCAUUCAAUCCAUAUCCAUCCAUUCUAAUUAUGAUGUAUACUCAUACUUGUCUAGAUUAAUCAGUGUGCUCUUCAAUGUUCCCAAAGGGAUAUUGUGUACAUAAAUUUGCCAUUUGUGAAAAAUCAUGAUAUCGCUGGCUUUACAUAGUUGAGAUUGACUAGAAUCACAAUUCUUUGUAAGACAGGGCCCAGGUGUGCACUAUUAUCAAGGACAUUGCUGUGACUUGCAUCAUGGAUGAUUUUAAGUAAAGAUCAUUAAGAAAGAAUUCAAAGUAUUGCAUUUGAUUUUCAUUUCAAGCAGGGAAAUGUUGGGAAAUAUUGUACAUUUGGCUUGCUAUGACAAUUGAAAACAAGAAGCAAUUUAUGUUUUUGUAAAUAUUAAAAUUAUUAAUGAAAAAUAUGUAUUAUACAGUA